UGUCUAGUGGGAACGACUGUUGCAGAAGCCUCGUGGAUUUGUUGCUUAAAAUCAAAGGUGGCGUAAAGUCGUAGUUUUACACUAGUUUUGCAAUAAUUAUAAGUCGCAAACUACACUUGAGGCGCGAGAAAGAAGGAUAAAUUAAUAAGAUUAUUGAUCAAUAUGUCUUCUUGGAAAAGAGCAGCCAAGGCGAAUCAAAAGACUCAUCGAGAGAGACACCAGCCUGAAUCCCGUGCACACUUGGGUCUAUUAGAGAAAAAAAAAGAUUAUGUAGCAAGGGCUAAAGAUUACCAUGAGAAACAAUCGACCAUAAAGCUACUACGUAGAAGGGCAUUAAACAAAAAUCCAGAUGAAUUUUACUUUCACAUGAUUAAUGCCAAAUUAGAUAAUGGAGUACAUCGGGAAAAGGAAAAGGAUGAGGAACACACACCAGAUCAAAUAAAAUUGAUGGAGACACAGGACAUCAAAUAUAUUUCUUACAAAAGAAAUGUUGAAGCGAAGAAGAUUGAUAAGCUCCAAAGCCAACUGCACAUGAUCGAUGCUGCCAAUGAAACAAAAAAUAAGCAUACAUUUUUUGCUGAUGACAAACGUGGGGUAAAGAGUUUCGAUCUUGCCGAGCAUUUAGACACUCACUCCUCACUUUUGGGAAGGCGAACAAAUCGACCAAGAUUGUCUAAGCUCAAGGAAAUGAAACUUCCGGCCAUCGACGAUCGUCUACUUGCCAAAAUGGAACAACAGAAACACAUGGCUUACAAGGAAUUACACAAGCGGGUUGACCGGGAAAGAGAACUUACUAUAAUACAACAAAAACUUGAAAUGAAACGAGCCCUGCAGGAUAAAACAGUUCCUAAGCCCAAGCGAAUUAAAUCAGCUACUGCGGACGCACCGCCAAUUUAUCAGUGGAAAUUUCAGAGAAAACGCUGAUAUUGUAAUCAUUUCAAUCCUGCCUAAUUUUAAUAAAUUUAUACACUUCAUUAAAUUAA